AUAUACGGUAGCAAACCAAAAUCUCCCGAGAGAUUCAACCAAAAACAUGGAAGCUAACUCAUACCAGUCUCAACCAGUCUCACAACCACCUCUCUAUGAUCUAAUAAUCUUAGGAGCUUCUGGUUUCACUGGAAAAUAUGUUGUCAAAGAAGCCCUCAAGUUCCUCAAUGUCCCUUCUUCUCCUCUUAAAUCUCUUGCCCUUGCUGGUCGCAAUCCCACCAAAUUAGCUCAAACCCUCAAAUGGGCCUCCCACCCCGACCACCCUCCUCCAAUUCCUAUCCUCACCGCUGACACCACCAACCCUGCUUCUCUUCACCACCUCUGCUCCCAAUCCAAGCUCAUCCUCAAUUGUGUCGGUCCCUUUCGCCUCCUUGGCGAGCCUGUUGUCGCUGCCUGUGCAGAAACUGGCUGUGAUUACUUGGAUAUAUGUGGGGAGCCUGAGUUUAUGGAGAGAAUGGAGGUGAAGUACCAUGAGAAGGCGAUGGAGACAGGUUCUUUAGUGGUUUCUGCUUGUGGGUUUGAUUCGGUUCCGGCUGAAUUGGGAUGGAUGUUUAAUUCCAGGCAUUGGGUGGGUCCGGCUGCACCAAACCAAAUUGAGGCCUAUUUGAGUCUGGAGUCGGAGAAAAGGAUUGUUGGGAAUUUUGGCACAUAUGAAUCCGCGGUUCUGGGGGUUGCCAAUGUCGAGCAGUUGGUGGAGCUGAGGCGAUCAAGGCCCAAAAGAGCAAGGCCAGCUAUUCCUGGUCCCUUUCCUACCAAAGGACCAAUGAUAGAUCACCAAAAGGAGAUUGGUCUUUGGGCUGUGAAGCUACCUUCUGCAGAUUCUGUUGUUGUUCGUAGAACUCUUUCAACUCUGACAGAAAACCCUCGUGGUCUUCCUGGACUCAAUGAGAGUCCUGAACAGAUUGAAAAGAGGGACGCUUUCUGGUCAACAGUAAAACCAGCCCAUUUUGGGGUGAAGCUAGGCUCUAAGACUCUACUGGGAGUCUUCCGAUUCAUUGCAGUUGGCAUGUUCAUUGGCCUCUUAGGUAGAAAUGCUAUUGGGAGGUGGCUUCUAUUAAAAUUCCCUUCAUUUUUUAGCCUUGGUUGGUUCAGGAAGAAGGGUCCCUCAGAUGAUGAGGUGAGAAGUGCUUCAUUCAAGAUGUGGUUUGUUGGACGCGGCUUUAGUGACAUGAAUGUUUCUCAGGACAAAAAGAAACCGGACAUGGAAAUAACAACACGAGUAGUGGGACCUGAGAUCGGCUAUUUAACAACCCCAAUCAUCUUAGUUCAAUGUGCUCUUAUUCUUCUAAGCCACCGUGAUAACCUGCCGAAGGGAGGAGUUUUUCCUCCAGGGAUAGUAUUUGGCCCGACAGAUCUCCAAGAACAGCUCGAACAAAAUGGAAUAUCUUUUGAUCUCAUUUCAAAAAAGUCUAUUCUGGCUUAAAUAGUUCAAACUUACCAAGAAAAAGAGCAAGACCUUGACUAAAUAGUAACAGUAUUAGCCAGGUUUGUCUUCGUGCUUUUUUUUUAUCAGACAUGUAAGGAACAGAAGUGACGUUUGGUUAUGCCUUGUUGAAGUAAGCUAUAUAGCUUUGAUGCGAUUAUGGUUUGAAUGAAUCUGAUCUCUUCCGUAA